UACACCAUAAUCCCUUAACUUUUAUUUUUCCAACACUAUGAUCCUUUCUUCACCAAAAAGAAACCGGAUAUUCAUACAUAAUUGUAUCAAUUUUUAAACACUCUAUUUGCACAAUUAGCAGUGUAAUUAGCCAUGGCAGCGCUGCAAUACCUAGAUUCUUUAAGCAAUUCACACCCGGAGCUUUCUGAUUGGUCCAACACGCUAGCAGAUCUGUAUCAACGCAAGCUAUGGCACCAGCUCACUCUCAAGCUUGAUCAAUUUGUAGCCCUGGCUGUUUUUCAGGCUGGUGAUACUCUAAUACAGCUAUACCAUAAUUUCAUCACAGACUUUGAGACUAAAAUUAACCUUCUCAAGCUUGCACACUUUGCGGUCAUUGUCUCUAGGCAAUAUUCUGAGAAAGAGGCUGCCAUUAGUUACCUUGAUGGGAUUAUUGAGAAGCUUCGAGCUACUAGAGAAAUGCGCAUUGAGGAGCCUGUUCUUUAUAUCAAAAUGCAAAUUGCAUUGUUCAAUCUUGAGAAAGGAGAUCAGAAGGAAUGCAAAAAGCUACUAGAAGAUGGAAAAAGUACACUUGACAGCAUGACUGACAUUGAUCCAUCUGUGUAUGCCAGCUACUAUUGGAUUUCGUCUCAAUACCACAAAUCUCGUCAAGAAUUUGCGGAGUUCUACAGAAGUUCUCUCUUAUAUUUGGCAUACACUACAGUAGAUACUUUAUCGGAAGCGUUCAAGCUGGAUUUGGCUUUUGAUCUGUCCUUAUCUGCAUUGCUGGGGGAAAAUAUUUACAACUUUGGUGAACUGCUUGCGCACCCAAUUAUAAAGAGUCUUCUGGGAACCAAGGUGGAAUGGCUCUACUAUAUCCUUGAAUCUUUUAACUCUGGUGAUUUAGUUCGCUAUCAAGAAUUAUGCCGUGUCCACAAUGCCUCUUUGAGUGCACAACCAGCAUUAGUGGAGAAUGAGAAAAAGCUUUUAGAGAAGAUAAACAUUCUGUGCUUAAUGGAAAUUAUCUUUAGUCGACCAUCAGAAGAGAGAACUAUUCCGUUGAGCAUCAUUGCAGACCGCACAAAACUUACUGUAGAGGAUGUGGAAUACCUUCUAAUGAAGAGCCUAUCGGUUCAUCUAAUUGAGGGGAUAAUUGAUCAAGUUGAAGGGACUGUUCAUGUCUCAUGGGUGCAGCCAAGAAUUUUGGGCAUUCCUCAGAUAAAAUCUUUACGUGAUCGGCUGGACAGCUGGAUGGGAAAAGUAAACACUGCUUUGUUAUCAGUGGAGGCUGAAACACCUGAUUUAGUUGCCCCAUAAUCUGUUCCAGGCUUUCUUUUCUGUUCUUUUGUGACAAGCUCUCAGGUAAACCCCAAAAGAGCUACAAAGGAGAGUUAGCAGCUGAUUGUUUUGGGCUACCACUGUAAGCAUGCUCUUGUACUGUAUAGCGCUGUGAGCUUGCUCUUGUACUGCAUUUUCUAGAAGGCUGCACGUCUUCCUGCUGCUUUUAUGUUGAUGUAAAUAAUGUAGUGAAUUCUUUUUAUGCAUUACAAAUCCAUUUUAGCGGAUAUAGUGCUCGCCUAUUCUUAUAUGUUCAACUACAAAAUUUUUAAUCUCAGCUGUAACGUUACACUUGGUAUUGCAAUCUUAAUGUUAUCAAGAACAACAUUUAUUAAGUUAAAA